AAAAAUCCUUUCACUUUUUUGUUUUUUUAAUUUUAUGAAUAAUCCAUUCUGUGGAAUACGCGUGAAAGGGGAAAAGGAAGGUGGUGGUGUUGGAGGGGUGUUAUUCGUAGCAUCGAACAAUCGUCUUUGAUGAAUUGAUUGCUUCAGUGAGAUCUGAUCUUUAUUGACUUUGACAAAAAGAACAGGUUUUGAAGCAAUUGUCUCUGUGGGUAACGUUCGUUCUUUUGGAUCCCUCAAAAAACCGAUUUUUGGUUUUGGGAUCAGUGGGAAAUGGAGAAGGUGAUGAAUAUUCUGAAGCCGAAGGCAAACCCACAGCAGCUAUUGAGGGAAUGGCAGCGCCGGCUUCGUCAAGAGUGUCGUAACAUUGAGCGCCAAAUUCGCGAUAUACAGAGAGAAGAAAAAAAUGUGCAGAAGGCGAUUAGAGAAGCUGCAAAGAGGAAUGACAUGGGUUCUGCAAAGGCACUUGCUAAGGAACUUGUGAGAUCUAGGAAAACAGUGAACCGCCUUUAUGAAAAUAAAGCUCAGUUGAAUUCAAUAUCAAUGCACCUUGGAGAGAGUGUUGCAAUUGCUCGUACUGUGGGACAUCUAUCAAAGAGUGCUGAGGUUAUGAAGCUUGUCAAUAACCUCAUGAAGGCUCCUGAAAUGGCUGUGACAAUGCAAGAGUUCAGCAAAGAAAUGACAAAGGCAGGAGUUAUUGAGGAGAUAGUAAAUGACGCCGUUGACACAGCACUGGAUUCGGAGGACAUAGAAGAUGAGAUAGAAGAAGAAGUUGAUAAAGUCUUAACUGCAAUAGCCGGUGAGACAGCCGCACAACUUCCUGAAGCUGUGAGGAAAGAAAGGGUUAAGCAACCUGCUCAAAGCGUUGGUGCUGCCGAGGAGGAAGAGGCUAUAGCUGAGGGUGUUGAUGAUGAGGAAGAAAUGGAAGAAAUAAGGGCCAGACUUGCUAAAGUUAGGUCAUGAACAAGUUUCAUGUCUUGCACUCUCUACGUUGUACCUUGGUAUAUUAUAAGAGAUAUUUGCAGGUUUGUAACCUGUUUGUGAUAUUUACAUUGGAAAAGAUAAUCUAUGUUCCUAAUGGGAAAGAGAAUAUUGGGAUGGGCAAGUUCUUAUGUAAAUUACCCGAAGUUCUUUUAAGAUAAGCGCAGAGCAACCUCAUCCAUGCUUUGAGGAUUUUUUAUUGUACAGUGCUCAGAACUGCCUCUAAGCAAAAUUUAGCUAAUUUCAAUGUUUUUCUCAAUAAACUUUUACUAUCCAGACCU